CAGCUUCGCCAUCUACCUGACGCCAUGGUGCUUCCACAGGUCAGCUGGGCUAACCAGUGAGAACCCAUUGAAAGAUUCCGACAUCGUCGCGUCCCAGCUGCCUAAACUUGCUCUUGUCGUCGCCCAUCAGGGGCUUGCCCAUUCACUCUUGUGCUUGACCAUCAUGUUCGUCCUGUUCGUCCGUCAAGACCGCAGUCCCGUCGCCUCCGGUGAAGCGACCUUCAGGCAUACUCCAACGCUUGGCUAGGUGAUAGCAGUUCAGACUCUCCGUGCCUCGCGGGAAGCUCGUUGUUUACAAACGCGCGACUAUGGUGGAUCCUUACCCUUUCCUCUCGCCAUGUCUCUUCCCGACGCCGUGCACUCCUUCGUGACCAAUCCGGCGUACAGUGACUAUCUUGCCAUCCUCAAGGGCGCCCGGAACGGCUUCGUCUCUGGGGUCAAGAUCAGGCUACCUCAUGCCUUGGUCAUAUCGGCGCUAUACGGACGAGGGAGCUGGCGGACCCGGGCGAAGUGGAUCCUGGACGCGACGAGGCAACACGCCACCACUCUUGCGACAUUCGCCACCCUGUACAAGUCCUUGCUGCUCCUCUUACGCAAGGUGCGCGGUGGCAAGCAAGGCAACCCGGAUAGCCUUAUCGCGGGGCUCAUCGCGAGCUGGGCGGUAUUCAAGGAUCGGACGUCCGUAAAUGAGCAGAUCGUACUUUACGUGCUGGCGCGCGCGGUGAUGUCCUUCCUGCCUCGCGCUGGAGGAGACACCACAUCCGCCACUCCUGGUAUCGUCAAGGCGCAGCCGCCAAAUCCGCGAUAUUACACCGUCCUGGCCACCAUCGUUAUGGGUGGCAGCAUGUGGCUGUUCGAGAACCGCGGAGAGACCCUGCAGCGAGGCAUGUUUAACCAGAUGGUCUACAUCUACCACGACUCCGACCGAUGGAAGGAUCUCAAGACCCUCCUCUGGCACAACACCUAGCGCAGGCGCUUCUGUACAUUCCUAACCACCUUCCUGUAUUUUCUAGUCUUGCUUCAACUGAUCGAUGCGACUGAUGGCCUUGCGCGACUUGUACGCAAGCAUAGCAACAGCCCGACUCCAGGCCAGAUCGCAGGCAGCACACCCGAUACUCCCUUCCGAGUCCAUCUCCCAUGCGACAUCGGUGUCUGUCAGGAACCCACCAUCAGCGCGGCCAAUCACCCUCGUUUGCAGCACGACGCACCAGCGUCAACAGACGCGGACAGCCGCUUUCGUCUGUUGUCCCACCGUUCGAGCGUCUGAUCCUGGUGCGUCCCGCA